UGCCGUUAUGGGAAAGCUCGGACUCCUUCUGCUCCAUGGACCCUUUCAGUGCGUGUUAAAUGCCACCAGGAGGACAUGUCCGAGAGUUCCUCAGGAGUGAACACCAGCAGUGGCAGUUUCCCCAAAUCUCACUCCUCUCACUACUCUGAGCUCAGCGACACUCACACUCCUCUCUCCGUGGAACACACCCCCGACUCCGGCAUCGUCGCCACUCCGCUGCCAUCCAGCCGCUUCAGGUUCACCUCGUGGCAUCGCCUGGAGGAACACGAUGUCCGUGGAGACCAGCUCACCUGCCCCAGGGUCCGAGAAGGACCUUCAGAAGAUGAACAUUCUCUUAGGGACGAGGACAUCUUCCUCAGGAAUGGCAGGAGGAGGAGGAGAGAGGAUGAAGAGCAGAGGUGGGAGGAGAGGCUGCAGGAGAACUGGGAGAACUGUGUGGAGCUGAACCUGUCCUAUCAGGACCUGGGAGACCCGUACCAGCUGGAGAACUUCACACGCAUCCUGAGGAGGCUGAUCAGAGUGGAGCGGCUCCAGCUGGUGGACAACGCCCUGCAGGACCUCAGCUCAGUCCGACUGCCAAGAUGUAAAAGCCUGAAUCUGCACCGGAACCACUUGACGUCGUUCGGUCAGCUGCCAAAGGUUCCGGAGAUCCAGCACCUGUGCCUGUCGGAGAACAGCAUCUCCAGCCUGGGGGAGCUGAGCCUGCUGCAGGCCACACCCAUACAGUCCCUCACACUCAGACUCAACCCCUGUGAGUUCCUGGAGGACUACCGCUCACGCGUGUUCUCCUGUUUGCCAAAACUCAAAGUUCUGGACGGCAUCCCAAAGCUGCCAGAAGACUCAGUGCCUCCGAAACUCCCAUCGUCCUCCAGGCUCUGCAUCAUUCUGUAACAUCAGCAGGGUCAGGACCUGUCCGUCACAAGCCAUCGUCAGAUCUGCCGUACUGUACCGGAGAUGGAGGUUUUCUUUUUGAAAUGCACUGUUUGUACAGAACCUGCUGAGGCAAAUUAAAGUAUUGCUAUUUUUGUA